AGUUUUUGUAUCAUAUGGAAAAAUCGUUGAUAACAGUUGGACUCCUAUUACUAAUUGGUGCAGGCGUGUAUCUAAAUUAGAAUGGAGAAGAAUUAGGGGAGUUAUAGAAGGUGAGACAAUUUAAUGAUUGGAAAAUCUAAUACAACAAAAAAUUUAGUAGUGAAAAGGAGGAGAUGUAUCGUUACUUAGUGUUCCAAUAGAAUGCUUAAUUAAUUGAAGCUCAUAACAAUGAUAAAUCAGGUAAGUAUACCUAUACUAUGGAAACUAACUAAUUUGCAGACUUGACAGAAUAAGAGUUUGCACAAAAAUAUCUAACUUUUAGACCCAAGAGUACAAACAAAUCCAAGUCAACCGAUUACGUUCCAAAUGGAUAAGCUAGAGAUUGGGUUGAAGAAGGAAAGGUGCCACCCAUUAAAGAUUAAGGAUCAUCAUGUGGUUCUUCUUGGGCAUUUUCUGCAGUAGGUGUAUUGGAAAUCAACAGCAACAUCGAGUUUGGAUUAGAAACCACCCUUUCUGAGUAGGAUAUGUUGGAUUGUUCAGGUCCAUAUGGAAAUUAGGGAUGUUCUGGUGGAUGGAUGGAUUCAGGAUUUGAAUACGUCAGAGAUCACGGCAUCGCAAAUGGUUCAGUUUAUCCAUACGUUGGAAGUGACUAAACCUGCAGAACUUCAGUUAAAAGAGAUUUCAAAUACGUUACAGGGUUCGUAGACGUAGAUGGUUGUAAUGGUCUCUAAACUGCCAUUCAAGAUUAAGCUCUUUCUAUUGGAGUUGAUGCAUCCAAUUGGGCAUAUUAUAAGGGAGGAAUAUUCAAUAAUUGCAAACAAAAUUUGACAUCUGGAUCUAUCUUGGUAGGUGUUGAUUAGAAUGGAGUUUGGAAAGUGAGACAUUAAUGGGGAUCUAAAUGGGGUGAAAACGGAUAUAUUAGAUUGGCACCUGGAAAUACAUGUGGAGUCUGUCUAUCUGCUUCAUAUCCAGUUCUAGAGAAGAAAUGAGAUUUAUUAUUUGUUCGAACAAGAUAUUUAAUAUAAAUUAAA